UCCUCCUUCUCCUCCUCCUCCUCCUCUCCUAAGCAAGUAGCUUUCUAAUUCCAUCCAUUAAUACAAAUAGGGGAAGCCUGGAAAAAAAAAAUCCCAGCAUCUCCAGUAUUUGGGAAACAACACAGAAAAAGAGAUAGACAGAGAGAUGCAUGAUUGAUGCACACAAGCAGGAUUACAAGUCAGCAACAUCAGCACCAGCACACAAUAAACAAGGAUCUUGUAGCCCAGAGCAGCGAUCAGAAAUGCCUUCAUUUGGGAUUUUGUCACUCGCAAGUUGGACGGGAUAUUGGGACUCCUAGCUGGACAGACCGGCUGAAACGAAAACAACGCAAAAAGACAUUUUAGGUAUCACAGACCUUUCCAGCUGACGGGAAAUGGCUUUGGAGAACAAUACCCAUCGCAGCUACUCAAUUAUACCAUGCUUCAUCUUUGUAGAGCUUGUCAUUAUGGCUGGCACUGUUCUGCUUGCAUACUACUUUGAGUGUACGGAUACCUUUCAAGUGCACAUUCAAGGCUUCUUCUGCCAAGAUGGAAAUCUAAUGAAACCAUACCCAGGGACUGAAGAUGAAAGUUUCAUUUCCCCUCUGGUGCUGUACUGUGUGCUGGCUGCAACACCAACAACUAUUAUUUUUAUUGGUGAGAUAGCUACUUAUUUCAUUAAGUCCACAAGAGAAAACCUGAUAGUUCAAGAAAAAAUGAUUCUGACUGGAGAGUGCUGUUACUUGAAUCCGUUAAUCAGGCGAAUCAUACGAUUUAUAGGGGUUUUUGCAUUCGGGUUAUUUGCAACGGACAUUUUUGUAAAUGCUGGUCAAGUAGUAACGGGCAAUCUAACUCCGUAUUUUUUGACUGUCUGUAAACCGAAUUACACUGGAAUAGACUGUAUUGCUCAUCAUCAGUUUAUGGGCAAUGGAAACAUUUGUACUGGUGAUCCAGAAAUGAUAGACAAGGCCAGGCGGUCAUUUCCAUCUAAACAUGCUGCUUUAAGUAUCUACACUGCGUUAUAUACCACGAUGUAUAUCACAAGUACAAUUAAGACAAAAAGCAGCAGACUAGCAAAGCCUGUCCUUUGCCUUGGAACUCUGUGUUCUGCCUUCCUUACUGGACUUAACCGUGUAUCAGAAUACAGGAACCACUGCGUUGAUGUUAUUGGUGGCUUCAUUUUGGGAACAGCUGUGGCUUUGUUUUUGGGCUUGUGUGUUGUCCAUAACUUUAAGGGAACACAUGGAACUCCCUCUAAACUGAAGCCUGAGGAUGCAAGAGGGAUGCCUCUAAUGGCUUUCCCCAGAGUAGAAAGUCCUCUGGAGACUUUGAGUGCUCAGCAAAGAUGGAUGCAGACACAGGGCCAGGCCAUGCUGCUGGAAACUGGAUUUAUCUCAGUAAAGAAUCACUCUUCAUCGAUGACUGAAGUCACUUGAAAUCAUUUAUGGAAAUAUAAAGAACUGUUUUUAUACUAGCGCAAGAACAACAAGGAACACAGUUGCUCAAUGUUAAACUGUGAUUAUCAGUAUUAUGUUCUAUCUAGUUAGCUAGAUGUUUUGUACAAUUUUGUUCAAGGAAGUGAUGUAGCUUGCCCUGAUAUUUCUUUUAUUCUAUUGUAGUGUCAACAUCAACAUCCCAUUAGUAUGCCAUAAUGCAAUUUUCUCCUGUUAUGGUAUAUGGUGCACUAAAAAAACAACCAUCUUUUUGAAUUGUCAAUGUUAUGUGAUCAUGUUUGUAUACAAUUUUUGUAUUAUUUUAUAUGCAUUAAACUGCUGUGUAAAUUAAAAUGCUAUCAAACAUUUUAAUUUUAUUUCUUUACAGAACAGGAUAUUUUAAUACUUGAAAUAUGUAUGGGAAUGAGCAUAAAAUUUUUCUUUCUACAAAGUUAUAAAUUAUGCUUCAAACUCCACUACUAAUCUUUAUAAGUAGCUGAUGUUUUACACUCAUAUGGGCAUAUUUUUUCAUGUUCAGAUGCAUCAAUUGUAAAUUCACAGUACAGUUACAUCUGUGAUUCGACAACUGUUUAAAAGUUUGUUUUUCUAAACUUGUAUUUUGGACAGGGCCUGAUGAUUAUAAUAAUGCACCCAUUUCAACUAUGACAGGGCCCAGAGAAGGAGAGCAUGUGACAUACCAAUGUAAUUUAAAAAAGUACAUUUAGGGUGGGUAUUUUGAGAAUUAGGACCACAGUGGAGAUGGGGUCCCAUAAAAUGUAUUCCUGGUGUCUCGAAUAUUCUCUUAUUUUAAUAGGGUUUCGUAGGAAAACCAAAGCAAUACCUGACAAAGUGAUAGGUAGCUUGUGAUCAAAUCCUUAUAUUGACUUGUGUCCUGUCCAAAAAAUGAUCAACUUCAAUCUAGAAACUUGAGCCACAGAAUGGCAUCAGACAGCAUUCUUGGGUGCCCUUGUAACUAUAUGUAUCACAGAAGGAUGAGCACCUUUUGUUGGGAGCCUCACAGCAGCUACCAAGUUAUACCUAUUUCUUUGGAAAAUAUUGACUCAUUCAUACAUGUAUAUAACAGUUUUCCAAAGAAACAAAAUAAUUGUAAUUGAGUUCAAAGUUAAAUAAUGUUGGUGUUGUCUAUGAAAUGUUUACUUUGCCUUCUUGGGAGUAAGAGAAAAACUGUCAUUGGGUAUCCUUCAGUCUUCUGCAGCUUCCAAAAAGCCAUCAAGUUCUAAGUAUACAACUAUAGUGACAAAUUGAAAAUUAGAUUGUUUAUAAAUAAUAUUAACAUGCUACAAGCCUGAACCAAAAGAAUCAGUUUGUUCAGUGAUAAAAGAUCUUUUCGAGUUUUUGGACAUAAAAAAAAUGUGCCCAUAUUAACUUGCUGUUGUCAUAAAAAGCAGCUAAUGUGUGACGCUUUCUUUUCCAGCUGCUAGGGUGCCUGCAUGUGGAUGCAAAGCUCAGUCUUUUAAGAUGCUGUUGAUGGAAGUUGCUUUGAGCUCAUAGUACUAUGACUGUAUGCACUACAUACAAACAAUAUUUACCAGGUUUAAAAGGACCUAAUGCAUAGAUGAGCUUUAGAGCCUGUUUGUGUUAUGGUCUUUGUUCUUGGGUAGAUAGACAACUGCAGCUUGUUUCCACGUGCAUUUAACUUCAGUUUGAGAUGCUUUCAAGAGCUUUUACAGUUUAUUGACAGGUGCAUUUGACCUGCACGAGACUUAUGACUCUUUAUGACCAGCAUUUGAUCUCCUUCUAAACAGCAUCAAUUUGCUUGGAGCUGUUUUUGUAUUCCUACAGACUUGCGAGUUGAAAAAGAUGAUUGACACAGGCCCUCACAAUGCAGGUUAGGUGAAUCAGAAAACCACUUUGUGACAAUACGCCGACUGAUGUGUCCUGCAGUUCUGUCCACUGUAUAACUGUUUGUGAACACUAUAGUAGUAAAUGAUGGCUAUAAUGUACAGAUUAAACUGCAUCAGUGCUGGGAGCUUGAUGCAAGAGCCAAGCUACUUCUCUAAAAAGGCAACCCUGUGUAUUGCUUCCUGAUUUCUAUUUCGUCUAGAACUACAAUGACAAUGACUGUGAAAAUAUUGUUGAUGCUUCUAAGGGAAGCAUUGACUUACAACAUUUUAAACAAAAAAAACAAUAUAUCCUGCUGAUAUUUAAUAAGUAAUGAUGUUUGUACAGCUUUUGAAUUUGUAAUUGUAAAUUAUAACACUGAAAAACUUUACCAUAUUAAAAAGUGACAUUUUCAAGGUAAUGGGAAACCCGUUGUACUAAUACUGUUCACAAUAUAUUCUCACGCAUGGCUGAAAUAUACGGGAUGGUGUAAAGACAACUUGUGAUGACUGGUGCAAGGCUUGCAUACAAUGGCAUAAACAUUUUUGGUAAUGUUAUGGUCUAUUAAUUUUAUUUCUUAAAAAAAGAACAACAAAUAAUAAUAUAAAAAAAAAUGACAUUUAAACAUUAAAAUCAACAUUAUUUUAUCAGUAAUAUACAUCAUUUAUUUUCUUGGUAAUAUACAAUUUUCAGUUCUUACCAAGAUAUAUCACUUUCAUAUUUUGAAAUGUCUGUGUUUUAUUCUGGUUUAAACCAGUAAGUACUUUGGUGAUGUUUAAAUUUUAAACGUUUUUGAGCAAUAAACUGUUCAAUUUUAGCUAGUGUUGUUGAGUGUAUUUAUUUCCACAUACAUUUUGUGUAGUUUUGCACAGCAUGGUUGUGGAUUCAAUACAUGAUUGCUGUGACCCUUAAGCUGCAAAAAUGGUGGUGGUGAUGGGUGUUACACAGUAUUUUGCUCUUGGUCCUGAUAG